AUGGAAGCGAAUAAGAAUUAUAUCGAAUGGCUUCAAUUAAGAAUCAAGAAUAGAUUUGAAUAAACCAAAAAGCCGUAUAUGGAUUAACUAAAUAAUUAUAGAGUGAAACUAAAAUUUUGAGUUUUCAAUCUUUGGGGCAACAACCUGUGAAGCAAGUCAAAAUUUAAGAUAAUUGGGGUAUGGUCUAAAUCAGAUUAAAUGUCUCUCAAUUGCACUAUUCUAAAUUUACUGUAUUAGUCAACAAUUUGAAUGCUUUAACUGCAAGAUCACAAUUGUAUUAGAAUUUCCCACUCUUGAAUGUAUUGCUGAAUCAUAAAACUUUGCCUAUGACCUUGUCCAAUUUCGAAAGCUAACAAAAAUAACAUAAUGCUCAAGGAGGAUAAACACUGUGUAAUGGCGGAGUACUAUAGUUGGAGACAUCUAAGAUAAGCUAAGAGAGAAAUAUCGAUUCUAUUAUACUGAGACUGAGGAUUAUUUGGAGAGUGAAUUGUAAAAUUGCUUAUUCGAAUCGACUAUAUGUGUACCAAUUUUAUUAGAGAGAAUGUUGUUUGCUAAACUUGUUGGUCAUGGGUGGAUAUUAUUAAAAAGUUUACUACUCCAAAGGAAGGAGAGCGGUGAAGAAUUAACGAUUAUCCAUUAUUGAUUUUAAAUCUCUAAGUGAAUCUCAGUUUCAAAAAGAGCAUGAGGAAUGAUCAAAAAAAUAAGUAACAGGAUACUCCUUCAUUUGAGGAGGAUCUCAAUAGUGCCAUUUACUUAUCUCCUAAUUUCUUAGCCAUCUAAUAAAGUUUGUUGAAACCAUUAGACCUCUUAUUGGAAUCUGCAAAUUCAGUUAAUAGACUAGAAAAAGAGUUGAUUCCGUUGGUGGACAUUGAUCAAAAGAAAAUAAAUCAAGGGAAAAUUAGGGCUUACAAAAUGAAAAUGACAAGGAUUAAAUGUGGAUUAAGUGGGCCAAGGAAAAAGUAUUAGUAUACCUCGAAAUUGUUUAUUAGAAACAAAAUGAAAUACUAUAAAAAUUCAGAGAGUUUAGUUUUCUAUUAGAAAAGUCAGUUCCAAGUGUAUUAAAAAGUUUGUUUGAGAUGUGUCCAAAAAACCUAUCAUAACAAAGGCUAUCUGAUUUUAUUAAUGCUAAAUUUUAAAUCUAAAGGAAAUGAUGAAUGCUUAUAGUACAAAGCUUAUGCUUGGAUGAAAAGAAUGAACAAUUUUUUUUAAUUAGAACUAGAAUAGCAAAAGAGAAUUUGGUAUCUAAGGCCAAUGAAUUUAUCACAUCCAUGA